GAUGUGAUGUUCUGCGCUCCUGAUUCAAGCCACUGAGACGCAUGUUCCUCGACUUCAUUUUGAUAUCGAUGAUCAUUGCUAAUAUUUACGGAAUAAGAAAUGGAAUAAUUGUGAAGUGAUUGUGUGUUAGUGAUAUCAGUGCGUAUGAAGUGAACUGUUUAGUUAAAGUGAUGGUGAUAAGGAAUACAUAAUACGGUGUGUUAAUGAAUACUUAAGACGGUGAAAUUUAUUAAAUUUAAGUGUUGCCCGGUGUUUUAAACCGACAUGGUUUCAAGAUUGUCUAUAUUUGAGUGCCCGUAGAUGAGAAUUUUGGUAAACCAGAUCGAAUUUUGAGCAGUUAUGGAGUCGGUCAUACACUUACCCACUCCUCUAUAUGCCAAGAAAACUGAGCGCACAGAAGCUGUGGUUCAGGUUGUCGGUACACGUUUCAAUAAACUCAAUAAACUGUCCGAUGAAAAGGCGAGUUCUGAUACCAUCAGCAACAGGGAAUAUUUCAAAAGAGGACAUCUUAACAUGAGUGUCAGAGGCCGAAAAUCUUCAUCCGGUGGCUUGGGUAACGGCUCCGUCCGCAGGAGUGUCAAGAAUUUUGAGAAGUUACUCAAUGGAAAAAGCCUCCUGGAAGAAAACAUUGGAGCUAAAGUUAUAGAAGAUCAACACCUGGGAAACAUCAAAGCCAACGUUGUACAAGAUAAACCACUUCCAGAAUGUCACAGUGAAGAAGGUAUGGAGAAAUUUUCCCGGAAUGGAGACACUUUCUUGGCAAAGUUUGCCAAAAAACGCAAAGAAAUCUCGGGUACUGAAAAAAUUGAGAAUUGUUCUGCCAUUUCAUGCAAAAACGAAGAUUUGGAUGGAAUGAAUGCUGAAGAUGGAUACGCCAUGGUCAGGAAGCGGGUAGAUGCUGCUCAGAAUAACAUUGCCCAUGAUGAUCUAUAUGACCAAAUACCGGCUCGUCAAAACAAAGUUUCGCAUAAGAAAGUGAAGGAGAGCCUGGCCGAUAUUAGCAUAUCUUGCGCGAAGGAAGAUAUUUGUGUAGUUGCUGCUUCACCCGAACCUAAAUCAAAUAUGUGCACGCAAACUAACCCGAAAGAACUUAAGCGUAAAACUUCUCAAGUGCCUCUUCCCCCUCUUCCCACUUUGGAUUCGCGUGAGGCAAUAUGUUCCUCCCCAGCUGGCGAAGACGUACCGUGUGUCCAGAACCCUAUGCAUGUCAUUAAUUUGAACCUAAAAUCCACGAAGAAGGGCAAGAAUGGCUCCAAUCCUCCUCGGGUCGUAAAGAGACGAAUGUCAGUUUCCGGAGAGGAGCAAGCUGAAAAAUUUAGCCGACUGACUAGAUUUGGAAGUGGACUCCGGAAGAAGCUGUCUGCUUCCACGAGAGAUUUGUUUGGCUCGGGAAGCUCGUACUCUCCGCCCACCUCUCCAAAAGAUGAUUCAAGUUCGUUCAGCGGUUCUACAAGAGGCUUUAAACGACAGCUGUCAUCCUCGAUGCGAGAUCUUUUUGGUGGAAGUUUCAAUUUGAAGGGGGAGAAGGAAGUUCGUGAUAGAUUUGGCAAAUCUGAAGAACGCCGUAAAGACUAUGGAUUGAAACAAUCGGCGUUUCUUAUAGGUGGUGGCAUAACAAUUGGACGAAGUGCUGGUCGCAGCAGGGCUGCUUUCCGUGAUUCUUUCAGAGACAUGCUUCCUAAACUUAGGUUAUCGCGCGUCUUUGAAGUAAAUGUUGUGCUUCCUGAUGGAACAGAAACUUCGGUGAUGGGUUCAGACAGAGAUACCAUCGAUCACGUCCUCUCACCCCUUCUCUCUGCUCUCAAAAGUUCAUCGAAUGAAAUUCCUCAGGUGCUUGCCAAAAUUUCGUCUUCAUCAAUAGAACUUGACAAGAAAAGUCCCGACUGUCCCCCGAGUUUGUCGCACGUUGUUAACGGCUUACACGUCGAAGUAUCAAGGAAGAAAGAGUCGUUGCAUGAUGUAAAUGGCGACCUCAACGCUGCUGCGCUAGAAGAUAACGAUCCUCAAAGGGUGCAUAGUAAAAGCCCGCUGAUUAAAGAGCCUUCAGAUGCUUCUAUGUCCAGCAUGGAUUAUCAAUCUUUAUCGAGUGAAUCUGAAAUGUCCAUUGCGGCUAAAUCUCCCAGCGAGUCGUCAAAUGAAAGAUCUGGGACGUCUCUUUCGUCCGAGUUUUCACUGCGGAUGGAGUCGAGGAACGGUUCCAAGACUCCCGCGUAUAGCGGAGUGGCAUCUUCGACUCCCAUUCCGUUCACCCCUGAUGAUUUGUCGGUGUUAUUGAAGCAGAACAUCACGCCCUCAGAACUGUCAGAACGGUCGUUAGAGCUGCUUAAGGCCAUGGAUUCUUACGUUAAGACCUACACGGUCGUCAUGAAGGAUACCGGGGCUGAGGUGGAGACUUCUCUUCCUGGAUACCUUCUCGAUGGAGACACAAUCGUCUUGAUUGAAAACAAAACUGACAAUACCUCCGACAAAGAAGUGAAAGACGGACGAGAAUGUCUGGUAAGGAAGUUAGUGGAGUCGGAGCGUCUGUACCGCGGCCGCCUGAAGACUCUGGAGGCGCUUUACGGCCGACCUCUGCGUCGUCUUAGCGACUCCGUCACUCCUGAAGAAAGUUCGGCCAUCCUGGGCCUACUCGAGCCUGUCAUCGAUGCCUCGCAGGAAAUUACCGACAAGUUUGAUCUCGAAGUGUCCGGGUUUCGACAAGAGCCCUAA